AUGUACCACCUGGUCGCAGUAUUCAUCGCGGCGCUCUGUGCAACCGGAGUGCUUUGUUCCGCUCUGCCCAAUGUCGAGGUCGCGCCCGUGAAUACGAGUGCCGCCAUAUUGCCACGUUCACUGAGCAUAAGCGCCUUCAACAUCAAGGUUUUCGGCCGCUCGAAGAUGAGCGACCCGGUCAAAGCGGCGCAAAUUAGAGAUAUUGUUAAACGGUACGACGUGAUUUUAAUCCAAGAAAUCCGCGACAUAACUGGAGAGGCUCUGCAGCAACUGUGGGACAUGGUGGGAAGAUCUCAGUUCGGGAUGGUUUGCAGUGAAAGACUCGGCCGCACGACUUACAAGGAAGAAUACGCCUACUUCUUCCGGCUGUCGGCAGUGCAGAUGGUCGGCGUCCACCAGUAUGACGACGGGCCGGACGAUUAUACCGACGCCUUCGAGAGGGAGCCGUUCUCUGUCAGGAUAAGACCUGUGGGAGGGUCCUACGAUAUUACUUUGGUCGGCAUUCAUGUUAAACCAACAGACGCCGUUAAAGAGAUUGACGCAUUGAUUGACGUAUAUGAUGACGUAAUCAGAACGUGGCCAACAGUAACGGACGUCAUCAUACUUGGUGAUCUGAACGCCGACUGCAGCUACGCCUCAGAGUCAGAUCUCCUACGCAUGCCCAUAUAUAAUCAGAACCUGUUCUAUUGGCCGAUAGGCUUUGACGCCGACACGACCGUUUCUAGCACGCACUGUGCCUAUGACCGUUUCAUUCUGUCGGGACCCAAUGUGAGGUCAGCCCUGAUUCCGGGGAGCGCCGGUGUCUUCAUGUACGACAAGUAUUUCGGCAUGUCUUACACUGAGACUCUAUACCAUAGCAGGCGCAUACGGGAUGGAGGUCAGCACGGAGAAGUAGAAGAUCAUGGUAACCAGCACGACCAACAGCAGUGCAGCCAUCAUAAUACACGGCGAGAAGCUAGAAAAAGUGACAAGCUUCAAGUAGCAACCCUGUUCAAGGAUGGUACCAGUACCGCUAUGGUCCGAAUUAGAAUUGUCAUGGCGACCGCAGCGAUGGCCAGGCUGAACAGGUUGUGGACAAGUAGUUCUAUCAACUUUCCCUCCAAGUACAGGCUCUACAAGUCCUUCGAAGUCUCCAUCCUACUGUCCUGCAGCGAGACCUGGACGCUUCACGCGGACACAGAACGCCGGAUACCGGCCUUUGAACACAAAUGUAUCUGUCGUCUCUGUUCGGCUUGA